AUGACGUCAUCGAUUUCUGCUCUUGGGGCGGGCACUUCCGGCAUCGUCCUACUCUCGCUGAGGCCUCCAGGGCGGGAUCUGCCUUCCGAGCACUCUGCCCUUCCUCCAGAGGCAGGAAUGCCCCCUGUGCUCCUGACAGCCAGGACCCCCCAGGAAUCGGUGACGUUCAGGGACGUGUCUGUGGACUUCACCUGGGAGGAAUGGGGGCAGCUGGACCCUUCUCAGAAGGAUCUCUACAGGGAGGUGAUGCUGGAGAACUACAGGAACCUGGUCUGCCUGGGACUUGCCAUUUCCAAGCCAGAUGUGAUCCAUCAGUUGGAACGAGGGGAAGCACCUCGGAUGUUGGAGAGAGAAGUCCCAGGUGACAGCUGUCUAGAUUCAGAGGCUAGGCCUGAAGUCAAAAUGUCAAUUCCAAAUCAGGGAAUUUCUAUGGAAUCUUCAUCCCAUAAAAAAUCAGGAAGGAGUGAUUUCUGUAUCUCUCAUUGGAGAAAAGCCUGGGAAUGUGAACCUAGCUUAGAGAUACAGAAGAAUAAUAAAGAGGCACAUUCUGGUAAUGGCAGAAUUGCCAAAAGACACACUCACAAUAAAUUGAGAGGCCUUGAAGGCAUUCAGGAUGGAAGACAACUCCAUAUGGAUCCAGUCCUUUUUUCACAACAGAAUGUGUCUCUAGGAGAGAAUCUGUGUGCAUGUGAUGCACAGACACAGUACUCCAGUCCAUGGCCAGAUCUAAAUAAAUGUAAUAGAAUCUGUUCAAAGAAAAUAUUUCCUAAGUGUAAUGCAAGUGAGAAUUCUUUGAGCUCCACUUUAGACUACAUUGACUAUGACCAACUGUGCCCUGGAGAGAAUCUAUGUGAAUACAAAGAAAGUGGGAAAUACCUCAUCUACAAACCCAACUCACCCAGUAAUUCCCAGCAAAUAAUAAAUACUGGAAAAAAAUCGUAUAAAUGCAGUGAGCAUGAGGAUGCCAAUCUGCACCUUAUUGAAUAUGAAGGAACUUAUGGUGAAGAGAGAUUUCGUGAACACAGUAAAUGUGGAAAGCCUCCUAAAGAGAAUUCAUCUGUUACUUCCUAUGAGCAGAUUCAUACUGAGGAGAAAACUUUUGAAUGUAAUGAAUGUGGGAAGGUCUUCUAUCAGAGUGCACAUCUUAUUUGUCACCAGACAGUUCAUACUAGAGGGAAACCUUAUAAAUGUCAUGACUGUGGAAAGACCUUCUGUCAGAUCACAGAACUAAGUUACCACCAGAGAAUUCAUACUAGAGGGAAACCUUAUGAGAAUCAUGAAUUUGAGAAGGCCACAUACCUGAGUUCACAAUUUUCACAACCUCAGAGUUUGUGUUCUGGGGAGAAACCUUAUGAAUGUAAUGUAUGUGGGAAGACCUUUCUUAUGAUUGGGAAGCUUACCAGACACCAGAAAAUUCACAGUGGAGAGAAACCCUUUAAAUGCAAUGAAUGUGGGAAGGCCUUUCGCUAUAGGGCAGAAGUUACUCGGCAUCAGACUAUUCAUACUGGUGAGAAACCUUAUGAAUGUAAUGUAUGUGGGAAGACCUUUCGCCAGAGUGUACACCUUAUUGGACAUCAGAUGAUCCAUACUGGAGAGAAACCUUACGAAUGCAAUGUAUGUGGGAAGGCCUUUCGCCAGAGUGUACACCUUAUUGGACAUCAGAUGAUCCAUACUGGAGAGAAACCUUACGAAUGCAAUGAAUGUGGGAAGGGCUUCCGCCUGAGUGUACACCUUAUUGGACAUCAGAUGAUUCACACUGGUGAGAAACCAUAUGAAUGUAAUGUAUGUGGGAAGGCCUUUCGUCAGAGUGUUCACCUUAUUGGACAUCAGAUGAUUCACACUGGAGAGAAGCCUUUUGAAUGUAAUGAAUGUGGAAAGACCUUCCGUCUAAGGGCAGAAGUCACUCGACAUCAGACAAUUCACACUGGAGAGAAGCCUUAUGAAUGUAAUGAAUGUGGAAAGACCUUCCGUCUGAGAGCAGACCUUACUCGACAUCAAACAGUUCACACUGGAGAGAAACCUUAUGAAUGCAAUGAAUGUGGGAAGGCCUUCCUUCUGAGCUCCCAGUUUACUCAGCAUCAGAGGAUUCAUACUGGAGAGAAACCUUAUGAAUGUAAUGAUUGUGGGAAGGCCUUCCGUCUGAGAGCAGAACUUACUCGACAUCAAACAGUUCACACUGGAGAGAAACCUUAUGAAUGCAAUGAAUGUGGGAAGGCCUUUCUUCUGAGCUCCCAGUUUACUCAGCAUCAGAGGAUUCAUACUGGAGAGAAACCUUAUGAAUGUAAUGAUUGUGGGAAGGCCUUCCGUCUGAGCGCUCAGCUUGCUCGGCAUCAAAGAAUCCAUACGGGAGAAAAACCUUAUAAAUGUAAUGAAUGUGGGAAGGCCUUCCAUGUGAGUGGAAAGCUUACCCAACAUCAGAGGAUUCAUACAGGAGAGAAACCUUAUGAAUGUCAUCAAUGUGGAAAGGUCUUCCGCCUUAGUGCACAUCUUAUUCGUCAUCAGAUAAUUCAUACUGGAGAGAAACCUUAUGAAUGUAAAGACUGUGGGAAGGCCUUUUACCAUAGUACUGAGCUUACUCUACAUCAGAGAAUUCAUACUGGAGAAAAACCAUAUAAGUGUGAUGAAUGUGGGAAGACCUUUCGCCAAAGUGUACACCUUGCUGGACAUCAGAUGAUCCAUACUGGUGAGAAACCUUAUGAGUGUAAUGAAUGUGGGAAGGCCUUCCGCUUAAGGGCAGAAGUUACUAGACAUCAGACAGUUCAUACUGGAGAGAAACCUUUUGAAUGUCGUGAAUGUGGGAAGGCCUUCCGUCUGAGGGCAGGACUUACUCGACAUCAGAUGAUUCAUACUGGAGAGAAACCUUAUAAAUGUAAUGAGUGUGGAAAGUCCUUUCGCAUGAGCUCCCAGUUUACUCAACAUCAGAGGAUUCAUAGCAGAAGUCAACCCUAUUAAUAUUCUAACUGUGAGAAGUCCUUCAGUCAGAGACCAGACCUUAGACAACACAAGAGAAUGCAUAACAGUAAUUUUUUUACAUUAUUAGCAAACUCAUAUGGGAGAGAUAAACAUUAUUAAUAUAAUCAAUAUAGAGAGCCCCUUAGAGAACCUAAGUUGUUACAUCCUGGAGAAUUCAUAACAGAUAGAAAUGUGAUUGUGAGAAGGCAUUUUGCUCUGGCCUAAAACUGAAUUAACAGAGAAUUCAUAUUGAGAAUAUGAUUAUAAUGGAUAUAGCAAGGUCCUCAACUACAGGUCAUCCUUUGUUUCCCAUCACAGAAUAAUGCAGAAAAGUCCCCAAAAUGUAAUAAUAUUGGGAAGAAUUUUUGUGAAAAGCAAUCUGAAAUCUAUCAGAGAAUCCAAACUAAAAAAGAAACUGUUAAAUAAGGUGCUAAAUCCCUUAGUAAAAUAUAAAUUACAGAAGUGUUUUCAUUAUUUCAGUUUCCUUAACAUACCAACCCUUAAAAAAAAGAAAAGGUGGUAUCAAGAUAGUGGAGGAAAGGCAGUUACUUCCCUGACCUCUCCCCAAAACCCCUCCAAAUACCUUCAAAUAAUUCCGUAGGAGAAUUUUUGGAGCAGCAGAACACAAAAAAGGACAGGCUGAAAUAAUGGGUGUGAUUGGAGGAAAGGGCUCAACCCUCAUGAGUGCCUUAGGAGCUGGAUAGGGCAGUGCUCUUGGGACUAGGAAGAGUCUUCCAGCGUGGGCUGAUGGGAAGCUGGAAGUCUUGGAACUGUGAUCACUCUGCCUUCCAGAAGCCAGCUCUGUGCUUGUAGAUCUCAGGUAGGUCUGAGGCAGGGCCCCCACACAGAUCUUUUCUUUUGCUGGAUGUCCUUGCCAUUGGGUCUUGUUAUUCCUCUAGGUCUGCCAGAAGCACGCCUCCCUUCUAGGCCUGGCUACUGGACCAGCUCCCCUAUAUCUUUUUCAGGCUCCCAAUCAUUUCCUAAAUUUCCUGGCUGACCCUCCUGAGAUUUACCAUUGGGUCAUACUUUCCCAAACUUCAGACUUUGCCCAUAGGGAUCCCGCUAUCGGGCUUCAAGCCUUCCCAGCAGGAUUCAGGUGUCCUUUUUCCCCUGCCCCCAUCUCCUGGUUACAGAUUCAGUUGUUCUGCCUUCAGACCUGGCCCCCUGUAAGGAUCUACAAGUCCCACCUUCCUGUCCCCAAACCCCUCCUUGGAUGCAGGAACCAAGGCUCUUUCUUGACUCCCUUUAUCUGAAUUCGUGGCUCUUUGGCUGGUUCCCUCUCAGAUCCCAGGCCUUUGGCUCCCUUGAGAGACUCCAAGCCUGAGGACUACCAGAGGCUCCCAGGAGCCCUCAUUGGCUCCUAUUUACAGCUCAAGUCAGAGUCAUCUUGUUUUCCAGGUUCAGCUGUCCACCUGGAACAAUUCUGUCCCUCCAGUGUCCCUGACCUUCCUGAGCUAUACCCCCCAGACCUUACCUCUGCUCCACUGCAUCAGCCCUCCUGUUUGCCUGCCCCAACUUCUGAGUUCUCAGAUGCCCUACAAGGGGGCCAAAUCCCAGAGUGGCUUUUGUCUCCCAGUCUCAGAGUUCCUUUGGUCAAUCCCUGGCAGAUCCAUUCCAGAGCCCUCCCUUUCAAGUUUCCCUAUCUUCCCUUCCUCCUAGAUCAGACAGUCUAUUGUCUAGAUGAUGCUUGUGUGUUAUUUGGGGAGAGGGGAUGCUGGGAGGGGCAGAAUACCAAUUAGAUGGAGAGUUGUGUCUCAGGGGUCAUUGAGGCUCUGACUGGUCUCAUCCUAUCUAGGAGUGAACGUAUUCUGCUUCUUCGGUCUCUGUAGAAGGAUUGGGGGCAGGGGGGGGGUGGAAAGCAGAAGGGGAGUAAGAGAAGGAAGGGUGUAGUCUUUUCAGACCACCUUCAUUUGCAAGCCUGACCCUCCCUGAUCCUGCCUUCUCUCUGUAGGCUAGAGUAUCUCCCCUAUAGGCUGGGUCUGGGUCUCAGCAAUUCUUAUGAGACCUCACCCUCUGUAAAUCCCCAAAGGCCAGCCUCCUGAAAGGAGAGAAAAGACCUCUCCCUCUCUCUGAUCCUUCUCCCUCCCCAGCUAAGUCUGUAGAGGACCUAGGACUGCCCCAAACAGGUAUUGGUUCAAGUCUAGACACCAAUAUGGGAGGUAAAUUAGAAGUUUUAUUAUAAGACACAACAAAUAGUCAUCUCCCAGCGUAUGAACCCAGGGGCAAUAAGCAUGGGAUUGAGAUUAUGGGGUUGGGGAGAUGGGCUUUCCUGGGUGAAAUAGUGGUGGGUCUCUGCUGGAACAGAAGCGGGGGCACUGUGAUGUUGCUCAGGAAGCAGACUUGAGUGGCAGCAGCCAAGUGGGGGAGUGGCACAAGCACACCAAGUUUGUGGACCACAGAGAAUCAGAUUUCAGUCAGAUUUCUGCUUCCGGGUUAAAGAGCAAGAAGGCCUGUGGUUACAGGUGAGGCAGGCUGAGAAUGAGCCUCUCUUUAAAUCGUUCCACCUGGGACCCCCUGAACCUUGGGAUGGUGCGUCUGGGAAGCAGUGCUCCACAUUUAGAAGGAGUUAAAAGCCAAGAAAUAGGUGAACUAGAUGAACAGGCAGAAAAAGAAGCAGACUGAAAGUUUCUUUGGUGACAAGGUAGAUCAAAAUACACCCUCAGAAGAAGAUAACAAAGUGAAAGCUGCUACAUCCAAAUCUUCCAUGAAAAAUAUGAAUUGGUCUCAGGCCAUGGA